AUUUUCGAUGGUAGAGGGGCAAAUAUGUCAUUUUAAUUUCAAUUGAUUGAUUAAAUGGUCUCAACUCAAGACUCAACAAUCGUUUAUUUGCAUUCACAAUUUCAGAUUCAUAGUUGACAAUAUCACCUAAGAAAGGUCCUGGUACGCUCAAAUGCUGUCUGUCCAUCGUUCUGCACCUCCAUUCCAAAUUGUUGUAGGGUUUCAUCGUCCCCUUCACAGACCUCAAACUUCCUUCAUUACCUUCCACGGUGGUCCUAGACGCGAUGCCUUUCCUACUCACUUCAAUUUCAGAUUCAACAAUGUUGGAAGUGUGCAUAUAAGGCAGAGGCUAUUACCUAUAUCAUCAUCAAACACCAAUACUUCAGGAGGAUCAGAUAAAAGCAAUGAUGCAUCAGGCCCACCAUUGGCCACCAUUUUGGCUGGUGUUUUAGUCUUUUGUGCGGUCUGUUGGGUCAUAGGAUCUAUUGCAAUGUGGCUUAUCAGUCUAAUAACUAAUGUACCGCCAUCGAAAUAACACCAGAUCAUGCAUUAUAUUUUGUUUGCGCUUUGUUCACUAGCUAGACAAAGCAUCUUUAGGUUGCAGCCAAUAUAGUGAUGUUUUCCUGUAUAUUACCAAGUAUGAGAUUAGUAUGGUGUUGCUUAUUUGGCGUUGCUUAAACACGCUCAAAGUUGUUAAUUAUUUCUGUCAAGGCUGAGGGUUUUUGUGGAGUUUCCGGUUAGCUCAAAUGGCAUAAUGCUUCAUUUAGAGCAUACCAGGAAUUAUCAGUCACUAUCUGUUUUCAUCUAAAUUUCAAAGCUGCUUUUGUAGUUUUCGGGUAA